AUGCCGUCAGCAGAUUUUUUGAGUUGUAUGUCAAGAGACUUUACGAAACUUCUCAACAAUCAAGACGAGUGCAAUGUUACUGUCAAAGUUGGGUCAAGGGGAAAACCUUUUCGUGCGCACUCCAUUAUUCUGCGCGCGAGAUCUCCGUAUUUCCAAAAAAUGUUGAAUAAACGAAAUGCUGACGUUACGUUGAAUAAGUGGUUGGUCAAAUUGCCGAACGUUUCGCCUGAGGUUUUUGAACUUAUUUUAAGAUAUAUUUACGGUGGAAGCAUCGUAUUUGAAAGAGUUAACACAAGGAUUGUUCUUGAUUUCUUGGCAGCUGCUGGUCUAUUCCGUCUCGAAGAUCUAUACGACCACAUUCAAACCUACCUUCUCGACGAAAAAUCAGAUUGGCUACGAGAUUGCAUAGUCACCACAAGCCAAAUCGCAGAACAAAACAUCGGGUUCAAAAAACUACGUAAUUUUUGUAAACGAAUUAAAGAACGAGAACCGGAUCUCUACUUCAACUGCACGGACUUCACUUCUAUCGAUGAAAGAUCCUUGAUUCGUUUACUGCAGCGUGAUGAUCUCGGCAUGGAAGAAACGGAAAUUUGGGAUCGUGUUAUAAAGUGGGGCACAGCGAAUACACCACAGCAACCGCGUGUGCGUCGUGCUUCGGGUCCGAACUUGGAUGGAAUCGAAAAAACUUUGCAUAAAUGUAUCCCACAUAUUCGAUUCUUUCACAUAUCAGCCGCUGAUUUUCGUAUAAAAAUCUCUCCGUACAAAAGUAUUUUACCAGUUACGUUAUAUUCAGAUUUAUUCCAAUUUCAUGCCGAUCCAAAAUACAAACCAGUCACGAAAGUACUUGAAGCGCGUCAUGGCGCCAUCGAAUCCGAAAUUAUUGACAAGAAACAAGCGGCGUUGAUUGCCAGUUGGAUUGAUCGAAGGGACGAAGCAUAUGACGAGACAAAUGUUAACUCACCAAACAUUAAUAACAAUGUUUCUUUUGUCCCAUAUAAAGUGUCCGAAAGUCCAUACGAAUUUGAAUUAAUUCUACGAGGAAGCCAGGCAGGAUUCACAGCAAAAACAUUUCACGAACACUGUGACGACAAAGGACCAACAGUUGUACUAAUGAAAGUACGUGAUUCCACCGAAAUUUUGGGCGCAUAUAACCCUUUACACUGGGAAUCCAGCUUAGUAGAUUUAGCCACCACUGAGAGUUUCUUGUUCUCAAUGCGCGAUAAAGAUGACAAUCCUAGACGCGCAAUCCUAUCUCGAGUCAAGUCACCGAAACACGCUAUUGUCUGUGCACCAGAUAAUGGACCGACGUUCGGCGCGCCAUACGCAUUGGCGAUGCGAGAUAAUUUCAAUGAUCCGGAGAAAACUGGAUGCUGUGGCGGUACUUCAGCAAGUUAUAAUGUUGCUCUGCGAUCGAUAGAAGAACGUUACUUUUGGGUUGACGAGUAUGAAGUUUUUAAAGUUGUUAGACGGUCUGAAUUUGAUUCGUCAGAAUGUGUUGGCAAAUAA